AAGAACCAUCUCCAUCAAACGCCUCCUUAUUGCCCACAGAACCUCUAUUCACGCCCGCAACUCGCACACCAAACCCGCUAGCAAAGGCCUACAGUAGGGAGACAGAUAGAUCCUAUUUGCUGUAUCCUCCGCCCCAGGCCUAGUGGCGACAAGGGUUAGGGUUACAAAGAACCAAUAGCUCCCCGCAUUCUCUUGGGAAUCUCUUAUCAUAUAACACCAUCACUACAGGCAUUACGAUAGUAGCUUGCAGAGAGGAGGAGGUAAUAAUAGGGAUUCAACACAAAUGCCAGAACCCCCAGUCUAAAACCUCUUUACAAUAAACCCCUACUAUCCCCGGACACCUCUUGCCAGUGAAUGUACGAAUUACAAUUCGAUAACACCGCCAGGGACAUAACUUCGAUAAUCAACUGCCAACCCUGUCGCGGCCUUGCUUCCCAGGCCCUGCUUCGCUUGAGACCCUGCCCCUUCCACAACAUCGACCAUGCCCGGAGAAAGCCUUCUAUUACAGCGAGCUCAUGGUUCCACUCCCCUUGCUCUGCUACUCGUAUUCUAGGCUAACAGUAAUGCUAUGACCUCAAGACCUAGGCACCUUCCUCUACUCCAGGCCUAUCAAAAUAAUAACUGCCUGCAACACCAAAUGUAGUUCACCGGGAUGCUCAUAUACCCUAUACCUAUAUCCUUCCAACAUAAACAUUCACCACCCUCUAGUAAAAGCUGGUGAGGAGUUGCUUUGCAUUUCCAACGGUCACAGUAGCCUCUCAUUACUUCGUCAGCUAGUCUCUACGCUAGAACGACAGAUCGGGGACAUUAUGAGCAGUUCCGCAGAAAACCUACAGAGUGAUACUAAAGUAUUCUUCCCCCAAUUCCCCACCAAACUUCCUAAUCACCCACUGAUUAUGUAGGAAUCAACCCGCCCCCCUGCACCAUUAAGCCCAGAAGACUCCCGCAUGUCUCCAUCCCCGAUUUUAGAGGAGGCGCCGCCUUUUCCGGAUAACCGGAUACCAAGCCCCAUUCCUAAAUCAGAGCCCGAUGACCUGACCGAGACCACAUACGAUCCUCCCGAUGCGCGCAGAAACGCUAGGCGUGAACCGCCCACUGCGGAGGAGCUGAGAGUGGUUAUUCGAGAGGAGAUUAACGCUGGAGUAAGGAGGGUAUUGGAAAGUUUAUCGGAGGCGCUCAAGGAGCAAUUAUAGAAGUGUGCAGAGCGAGAGGUGAUAAUAUAAUGAUUGUCGC